GCACCACAAAUCAGCAACACCACGAGCUGGCGUGCCAUGAUGUGCUAACGGCGAGCACGAUUCAACGAAUGAGCGGACGGUCGACCUCUCCUUCUCCGGUCCGGUUGUGGUUGAACGAAUCAACCGCGCAAACCGCGGAAGCGACACGCCGUUCUAACCGAGUUCUUAGUUCGUUGCUCAACGCACAAAGCCGCUAGUGUCCACGCACAAUACCACCAAUACCAGCGCAGUUCUCAAACAUAACGGAACUCGAGCAUCUCGUGAUCGUGAGACUGCCAUCGUCGGAGUGUGAUCAGCUGUGAGCGAGCUGCGUUAGGUCAUGGACCGCGACGAGCGUGCGGUUUCGACGCCCGAUAUCCCAAUUCUCUGGCACCAUUAUCGGUCCACACAUCCGUCCCGUUGCGGCGACGACAGUAACGAGGGUCGGAGUUUGUAGCAGAAGAAGUUUGCUCCACAGGUGACGUCAGCGCUCACAGACGGCCCUCGAAGCGACCACUGAAACAACCUUCUGGCUUCCGGUGAACGCAUCGGAGAACAGCGUUAUUAUGGCAUUUAGGUGAUAAUGAGUCGAUUAUCUGUCAAUCUACGAUGGCAAUCAGACAAAUUUGAAAGCCUCUAAUUGCACGAUGCGAAAAAUCACUUCAUUUGGGGAUUUAGCAUUAAACCAAGAUCAUCAUCUGCAAAAGAAAUGAAUAAAAUAUGUUGAAAAUAAAGACAAUGCGUUUAGUAUAAGCUGUACAGUUAACAAUCGAGCAUAGCCUUCUGCCACAGUAUGUCGAUUGUAGCGCCUUCUAUUGCGGCGAUUAUCCUUUUGACCUUCCAUUGCAUAUCAUCGACCGCCUUGUUCACACUUGUAGCCGUUGCGAGGAAGGUGGUGGUCAAUAACAAUUACAAGUACGUAAACGUCACGGUUACCAUUAACGAGAUUGGUCCCGCCACCAAUCAUACCGUCGAUGUUGAUAUGCAGAUUCUGAGACAGAUCCGCACCAUGAAGCUUUCAGUCCACUAUCACCUCGUUCUUGACAGGAGCGUCGUUCCAAACGCGUUGGUUAGCCGAACGAUCGAUGUUUGUCAUUUCCUUAAGCGUCCCACUUCCGACCGACUGUUGAACCUGAUGUACGCGCAGUUUAAAAAGAACAGCUAUCUGCCGGAGCGUUGUCCCAUGCCACCGGACCAUUACUACAUACGCAAAUUCCGCCCCUCGACUGUCGCCAUUCCCAGUUUUUUCCCUCAGAAUGAUUUCCUUUUGAGAGAAAUUUAUCAAACCGGCAUAAACAACGAACCCUUGUUUACUUAUCAGUUCUACGGUAGCUUUGUGAGAAAAACGAGCGAGUAAAGCAACAGAGGUUACAGACUGCAUUAAAUGGAUCAAUACAUCAGUUAAAUAGACAAUACAUUAGUCUUUCAGAAACUUAAAUAUUACAAAAUGUAUGUGUUACACUAAUUGAUAUUGAACAAAUAUUGAAUAUUGUAGCAUUUUCCGCAAAUGCGUGUAAGGUUUGUUUGCAUGUUCCAGCCAUGGAGCCAGCCAACCGAAACCUCCUUCGACCAUUGCAAUUCCCGGCUUUCGGCAUUCUACGGAAGGUUCGUAAGGUUGGCUAGCAAUUAAGGUAACAUAUAAAAUUGUAUAAUAUUUCACUGUAUUACUUUCUUUUAAUAAAUUACAAUAAAAUGACUAUUAUUACGUCUCUCCAAACCUAAUCGAUGCAAGCGAUAUACCAAUGACCGCACCGUGCAUUUAUUUAAGUUCACCGAUAUUCAUUUAAAUAAAUAACAUAA